AUGGUGGACCUCAACGCUACACUGUCUCCGAAGAGAGGAGGCCCUGAGACAAGGCGAGAGAGACCCGUACGAGCCUGUCGUCAGCGAGCGUCUCCUGUGACCGGCGCCGGCGUUUAUCGCCCGACUUGCGCUUCACUGUUGCCUUGCACAGAAUGGAUUUUACACCACCAGUUGAGUCCCAGAAUUUCAGACGACAGAGGAGAAGACGAAAACGCAGGAGACCCGGGAGACAACCAAAUGCUUGGAGAGGAUGUGGGGUCUGUGAUGCGCCAGUGCCUCGCAGGCGCAGGAUGGAAUGGUUGCGAGGCGCCUGACAAAUGUAUUUCGAGAAAACUGCUCGAUAGUCCAGGAGGAACUGGUUUCUGCUUGUCUUCAUCUUUGGCUUCGUCACCCGAACUUGAGUCGCCUUCUCUCCCUUUAGCUUGUACACUUGAGGCAGAGAUACAUCGCUCAAGGCCCUCGUCGAGUGACGAAGGAAAUCCCUCGCCUUCCACAUCAUCUCCUGCCCUUCCCGCUUCGCUUUCGUCUUCUUGUUCUUCCUCGUCUCCCUGUUCUUCGUCCCCAUCCUCGUUUCCAUCUUCCUCUUCUUGGGAUGUUGCGUUGCCGUCUUUGGCAGGUCGGAAGACGGGCGGGUGGCCGUCGACGUUGUUGGAUGCGCCGGCGCAUGCAGAGGCUUGGUCUCGUUUUUAUUUGCAUCACGCAGACAGUCGAGCGCCGUUUAAUUCCUUCACAUCGAGGGACGCCGUGAGGCUGUUGUUUCGUCUCGUUCCCUGCUUCUCGCUCUCUGCCGGCGAGGUGAUGGUGGAAGUUGGACAUGGCGCCUGUCCUCUCCUUCCUUUUAUUUGGAUGCGCAUGAGGCAGAAUGCAGCGAGGCAGCGGAAACGAACUCGGGAAGUGAGGGCGGAGGCUGGCGUCCGCCCAGCCGAAGCGAUAGAGGGGGUCACCUGCGAGGUGGACGGCGGCGGAGAGAUCCGAAGAGCCGCAAAGACUCUUCCGUCUCCUCUGUCUCCUUUGUCGCCUGGGGACUGUGGGGCGGGAGAGGCGCCGGAGGGCCUGUGGGGCGCAGAGGGGGGUUCGAGCCUUUUGACGCGUGUAGAGACGCACGACUGCGACGCAGAGGACUCCUCAGCGAGCCUCGCGUUUGGCAGCUACGUCGGCAUCGAGAGCUGCCGCGAAGCCGCUGAAGCUGCACUGCUUCAAGGACGAGAUCUCGAGGCUCUUCUCGGGAAGUGCGCGCCUUCUUUGGAGACAUGUUGGAAGCGCGGGCGCGGCGCUCGGGGGGCGCCAGGUGGGCGGCCCUCUCACGACUUGGAGGACAGGAAAAGGCGAAGAAGAAACAUGUCCGACGUCUCGACAAUCUCCGAGAAAGCACACGCCGCCAAAGACGGGGACUCGGGACCUGAGCUGUCGAUCUCGUUGUUUUCCGAGAGCAACGAUGUGAGGCGGAAUCGCGAGACCAGCGAACGAGGGGACGCUGCAGAGCUAGCAGGGGAGACGAACGAGGGGCUGACUGAGAUCGAGAACGGAGCUGGUCUUAACCGACGAAGCCCGCAAGGUCCUUCCACAGAAAACGACACAGAACGAGAGUGUGGAAGAAGUGAGAAAGAAGCAGACACAUGCGGAGGCCCCCACCUGCGAGAAAUGGUGCGCUGCGGCUGUCUCGAGUUCGCCGUGUGUACAGACGGCUUCCGUUACGUCGACGAGGCCGGACGCCUGCAGCUUGAAAGAAUCGAGUUCGAGAGUCUGCUGCUCACAGAACCCAGCCCCAGACGAAGGAGACGGACACAACCUCGAGGCAGAGACAGAGACCGCACGCAGGGAAGCCCACCACGCGGACGCACUUCGUCUACGCCACAGCGAGGCCAUGACCAAGAAGGAAAUGAACAGUCGGACGCAGGACCAAGACAGGAAGGAGAAGGCCGGCGAGAGGACCAGGGCGAGUUUCUCGCUGCAGCAGAGGGGAUCAAUGGCACAAAAGGGAAGCAGAUGGAAGAGAAGGCCAACGACUCUGAUGCUGGACAAGAAAAUCGCGAAACUGCAUGCGUCACGGCCGUCAACCUGGGGUCGAUGCGCCCCUCUUGCCAAGAAGCUCAGGCGGCGGACUCGCUUUGUCUGCCUUUUGUGGCAACCUCCAAAGAUCCUCCCGGGUGUCGAGAGCCUUCUUCCCCCUCGCCUUCUGUACCGUCGUCUUUGAUUCAGUCUUCCCCUCUCUCAGAGCAUUCAGCUUCGAUUUCUGUUUUUCCUCGUCGAGAGCAGUCGCCUUUGAUGUCGCCCUCUCGUUCGUUAAAGGAGGUCGUGUUACCACCUCACCAGCGCGAGCAGAGGUCCUCUUCUUCCGGUGUCUCUCAGGACUUCGUCGAUUCGUCAGCUCUCUCUUUUCUGAAGCCCGGCGGCGCUAAAUAUGUCGUUUUGAAGAGCACACUCGACAGCGUCUGCGUCAUGCUGCCUUGCACGGGGACGCUGAACUGGGACGAAGAUCUUCGCAUUCCUCGCCAACUCGUCGUCUGGUUCGAUUCCUUUGCGCGGCUCCUUAAAGAUCCUCCCUCCUUGUCCUCUCCCGUGUUGUCUUCUUCUUUGUCUCCUUUCUUGCCUGCUGGCUCCCCUUCUGCCUGGUGUUCUGCUCACCGGGCUCCAGAGUCUGUGCCGGUCAGACGUCCAGACGAAGCCAGUGAGGAAGGCGCCCCAGAGGAAAGAAGAGAGGCUGAAGAGCCGGAACUCGCUGGGGAUAGUUCUAGCGCGGACGCGACUCAAGUCUCGACAGUGCAGGAGGCAAAGGGAGACAGCAAACCUCAUGGAAGAAACGAGUGUACUUUCCUGCUCGUCAAGAAGCAGGAGACAAGCGAGCAAGAGGCACGCCUGGAGGAGACCACCCCGCAACAAGAGGCAGUCACGCAGGAGACAGUCACCCGGGACGCAGGAGACAGCGGGACUCUUGGGGUUCUCUGCAGGUCUCACCUUUCGGCGAAAACAUCAAGGAAAGACGGUGAUGAAGGCGACUCUAGCCGUGCACGCGAAGAAACUUUGGCUGGCGAUGGGGGGCUGAGGGAGAACAGAGGCAAGUCGGAACAGGAGAAAGGAAAGGCGAGACGAAGAACACAGGGGCUGCCCACCUUCGUUUCGCCUGGCCUCGAGAAGGUCAGCGUGACUCGUGAAAGUUUGGACGCGUCCACGCCUUGCGUCGUUUUCUUGGAGCCGAGAAACAAAGCACGAAUUCACCUCCUGACAAUUAUCAAGGUCAUCCACAGCGCAACGUUCACUGCGACUCCGUCGCCUGCUCGCUUUCUGCGUUUGAGCCGUGUUUUGUGCCCCCGAGGUCGCGGCCAAGAAAAGAUUAUCGGCUAUCUGCUCGAGAAGCGAACGACAUGUUACGCGUCUUACACCGAACUGUAUGACGACAUACAGCGGGUCUCUCGCCCGAUCCAGAAGGCGGAUCCGUACGGUGACUUUGAGGACCUCCUGCCCCCCCUCGAGCCGGUGAAGUGGAGAAGCGAGGAGCCGGGGGACAUCGAGGUGCUUGUAGACUACAUCUGGAGUGAGCGGACAGCAGAGGCGAUGAAGAAAGGCAGAGGCACGGGCAAAGGAAGAGGCGAACGUGCGAGACCUCCGGCUGCGUAG